ACUCACUGUCCUUCAUGCACACACAUGUUUGCUAGCAGUUAGCUGCGGCUAAAACACGAAAAGUGGCAACAAACGCCACUGAAGAUGGUGAACUUCAGUAGAAUUUGUCUCCGGAAGUAUGGAAACUUCGUGGACAACCUGCGCCUGUACGUCCGUGGAGGCAGCGGUGGGAUGGGUUUACCCCGUCUGGGUGGAAAGGGAGGGAACGGGGGAGAUGUUUGGGUGGUGGCGACAAAGAACUUGACCCUGAAGAUGAUCAAGGACAGAUACCCACAGAAACGUUUCGUAGGUGAAGCAGGAAGCAACAGCAGUGUUCGAGCUCUGAAAGGAGAAAAUGGGAAGGACAAGGAGGUGUUCGCUCCUGUUGGUAUCACUGUUACCACUGACAACGGCAGAAUCAUCGGUGACCUGAACGCCGACGGCGAUCGCUUGUUGGUGGCAAAAGGAGGCUCCGGAGGCACUUCGUACUCUGGCUUUGAGCCCAGCAAAGGUCAGGCCAAACAAAUCCGGCUGGACCUCAAACUCAUCGCUGACCUCGGCCUUGUGGGGUUCCCAAAUGCGGGAAAGUCUUCUCUGCUGACCGCCUUGUCCAACGCCACGCCUGAGGUUGCCAGCUACGCCUUCACAACUUUGAAGCCACAGAUCGGCAAACUGAUGUAUGGAGAUUACAAGCAGAUCUCUGUCGCCGACCUCCCGGGGCUGAUCGAGGGCGCCCACAUGAACAAAGGGAUGGGCCACAAGUUCCUAAAACAUGUGGAGAGAACCAAGCAGCUGAUGUUUGUGGUGGAUGUUUGUGGUUUCCAGCUGGCAAGUAAAACGGAGUUCAGGUCGGCCUUCGAAGCUGUGCAACUUCUCACGAAGGAGUUGGAGUUGUACAAACAGGAGCUGGUGUCGAAGCCUGCGCUGCUGGUGGUGAAUAAGAUGGACCUGCCCGACGCUGAGGACAGACUAACCGAGCUGCAGGAGCAGCUACAAAACCCAGAAGAAUUCUCCGAUCUGCUUCCUGCCGACAUGAUACCGAAGAACUAUUUGACCUUCAGACACGUGAUUCCUGUUUCUGCCACCACUGGGUUCGGUAUCGACCAUCUGAAAAGCUGCAUCCGCCAGUCGCUGGACGAAGGCGCGGCCGAAGAAAGUGAAGCUGCGCAUCAGGAGAAGCUGCAGGCUCUGAGGCACCAGCAGCAUCUGUGACCGACGUGGACGACGUGUGGCUCACUGAAGCGGAAACUACGGAUGAGUUUUGUUGCAUCUGACGGGAAAAGUGCUCUGAGAAACGCCUCCGACAGCAGGAACUGUCAGAAAUGCUGGAGGACGAUUUCACAGUUCAAACAUCCAGUCAUGAAGCUCUGCGAGUUCUGCAGGAGGUCGAAUGUUGGCUGCUUUGUUUGGACGCUGUAGAUGUCAGUAACUGAACGACUUAGAAAUGAUCUCGUACAAAAGACUGAUGAAACCGCCUGGAUGAUAAAUUCAUGUUCCUCUGUGAAAAUGGAGCUCAAGUGGCGUUAACGAACACAGGGGAGGAGAGGUGUGUUUGUACCAGCCAGUUGCUCACAAAGAUUAAGAUUGUAUUUAUUUUUAUCGUUGUGUACUUUAGGGAUGCUCCAUUACUGAUUCUGAAACCUCAUCACAGGGUGCCAACUAGGGUUGGGCAUCGAGAACUGGUUCCAAAGUUCAGUUAAAUAACACGCUGACUAUAUAAAUUCAUACAAUUAUUUUGUUUGUUGAUAGACAAGUGGUGGAAGAAGUACUGAGAUCCUUUAUUGAAGUAAAAGUACUAAAACCAC